AUGGGAUGGCCUUUCAUUGGGGAAACUCUUUCUUUCUUCAAACCUCAUCGAUCAGACUCCAUUGGCACAUUCUUGCAACAACGUGUUUCACGGUAUGGGAAGGUGUUCAAAUCAAAUAUAUGUGGUGGGAAAGCCAUAGUCUCAUGUGACCAAGAACUCAACAUGUUCAUACUUCAGAACGAAGGGAAGCUAUUGACAUCGGAUUAUCCGAAAGCGAUGCAUGACAUUCUCGGUGAAUAUUCCCUCCUAUUAGCCACCGGAGAAAUUCACAGGAAACUGAAAAAUGUUAUCAUCAGCUUCAUCAAUCUCACAAAGUCGAAACCCGAGUUUCUUCUCUGCGCGGAGAACCUCUCUAUAUCGAUGCUAGAGUCAUGGAAAAAUUGCCACGAAAUCGAAUUCCAUAAAGAAGUUAAAAUGUUCACUCUUAGUGUUAUGGUAAACCAACUCUUGAGCAUCAAGCCAGAAGACCCAGCAAGAUGUUACGUAUUGCAAGAUUUUUUAUCUUAUAUGAAAGGGUUUAUUUCGUUACCAAUACCGCUUCCAGGAACGGCUUAUACAAAUGCAAUUAAGGCUAGGAAAAGAUUGUCCGCGAGGGUUAUGGGGAUGAUAAAACAAAGAGAGCAUGAAGGAGAAGAGAUGAAGAAGUCAUUAAGAGAAGAAGAUUUUCUAGAUGUGAUUAUAUCAAAUGAAGAUCUAAACUACGAAGAGAAAGUUAGCAUUGUGUUGGACAUUUUGCUUGGAGGCUUUGAAACAAGUGCUACUCUUCUUUCCUUGGUCGUCUAUUUUCUUGCAAAGUCUCCAAAUCUUCUUCACAAACUUAAGGAAGAACAUGAAGCCAUUAGAGCCAAGAAAGGAGAUGGAGAACUCUUGAAUUGGGAAGAUUAUCAGAAGAUGGAAUUCACUCAGUGUGUCAUGUCUGAGGCACUGCGAUGUGGAAAUAUAGUCAAGACGGUACAUAGAAAAGCUACCCAUGAUAUUAAAUUCAAAGGUUAUGUGAUUCCAAAGGGAUGGAAGGUGUUUCCUAUCUUCACAGCAGUACAUCUUGAUCCAUCUCUUCACGAAAAUCCUUAUGAGUUUAAUCCCAUGAGAUGGACCGACAAGGGGAAGAUGAACAAGAAAACGACGGCAUUUGGAGGAGUAAGGGUAUGUCCUGGUGGUGAACUUGGCAAACUCCAAAUUGCUUUCUUCCUUCAUCAUCUUGUCCUCUCUUAUAGGUGGAAAAUAAAGGUAGAUGAAAUGCCAAUAGCGCAUCCGUACGUGGAGUUUAAGAGAGGCAUGCUUUUGGAGAUCCAGCCAACAAGUUAG